UCCACCCGCUCUUUUCAAUGGAGGAGCGUGGCGCCGCCUGCAAUGAAUGCCCACGGUGGCCGGCAGAGGUCGCUGCCAUACGGGUGGGUGCAGACUGCGCGUGUCGUCUGCUUCGCACAUCAGUUUCGCGUUCUGCGUUCUCAGUGUUAUUACAGUGCUGCGUGUUUGUUCUUGGCGUUAUCAAAGAGUGAGUGUGUCGCUGCUGUGUUUGUGUGCCUGUGAAAAGAUGCCGAAGCUAAAGAGACAGUGCAAGGAGAGGACCUGCUUUGUGCCGUUGUGUAAAAGCGGUUACCGCUCGAACACAGAGCGUGUAUCCUUGUUCACUGCACCAUCUGAUGUGAAGCGGCUAGCAGAAUGGGCAAGAAUGAUCAAGAGAACAGACAGAAGACUAACACCAACUGCUGUGGUUUGCGAAAAACAUUUCGAAAGCAGUUUAAUCGAGCGCGCGUUCUCUGUCACCGUGAACGGCGUCGUCCACGAGAUUCCCCGCGAUAAACCGCGCCUGAAACCCGACGCCGUACCCACGAUAUUUCCUGAGUAUCCUAAGCACCUUGUGCCUAAAGUGCCAGUAAAAAGAAAAACAAGAAAUCUGUGCGAGCAAGAUCUAAAGCUUCCAUCAAAGCGGCGCAAGCGCGGUGAGUCAGCUGCCUCUGAGCUGUGCUCAGCCAUUGAGGGAGCGGAAACAGAGAGUCUCGAAGGUGUCCACCAGAAUGCUGCUGUACCUGAAGAGUGCAUCCCACGCAGUAGCUUUGAAGCAGCAAGCGCGCAAAAUGAUGGAGCUCAGCGCCUGCAAAACACUACUGAAAGUCGCCAUCCGUUCAGCGACCUCUCUAUUCCUGUCGCGUGGAUGAAAGUGCCAUCUCUGCCAGCAGAAUCAGUAGCUUACGCUUAUUGUGAAGCCGAAAUAAAUAACUUCGCCACCCUUUUCAUUGAGAAAAUGGUAUUGUUCGAAAAGCCUUUGCCUGAGCGACAGUCAGUAGUAGCCACGGUUUACUUGAGAGGGAGAGAGAAAUCAAAACAAGUCCUCACAACUCGUGAUGAGGCCGAAUCCCUGAUCAAGAACGUUUCCUUGACAGUUCUUUGUGGUGGAUGCGGCCUAAAGCCUGCUUCAAAGAAGCACACUUCCUACAGAGACAUGUAUUUUGCGGAAAAAUGCUUGUUAUCUACGAAGUCUGGAGGGGAGUCCUGCGUUUUCUGCAAGUACCAAAGAGUUCUAGCUCAAAACCAAGCCUACAGGAGAAAGAAAAGGGAAAAGGCAAGCGCAGGGAAGCAUGGCGGAAAGAAACACUGUAAGAACAUUUCUCGAAAUUUGUCGAGAACCAAGAAACGACUCGCAACUGCAAAAGAACAGGUGGCACACAUGAAAGAGCAAAAUGAGGCUGUUAGCGAAGAGGCAUUUGAAAAUAAAAUUAAAUCUCUUCCUCACAAACAGCAACUCGCUGUCAAGAACUGCUUCCUCGCUGCAAGACGGAAGUCACAUAAAGGCAUGCGAUACAAUGAUGAGUGGAUCGUAGAAUGCAUGAUGAUGAAGAUGCGAAGCCCGAAGUUGUACGAACAUCUCCGCAGAGAAACCAUUAUGGUACUGCCUGGGAGAACUUGCCUGCAAAGGUAUCUGCAACGCUUCAAGGGUGGCUUUGGCCUCAGUGCCAAUAUUUUCAAUGCCUUGACUGAAAAGACGAAGGCCAUGGAUGUUUACAGUCGACACGGUGGUCUCGUCAUCGAUGAGAUCAAGCUUUCAGAGCACCUAAAUGUAAAAUCAGCAGGCCACAUUGAAGGCUUUGUCGACCUCGGGGAUCAUACACCUGCUGACCAGAAGAAUGUGCUGGCAGACCAUGGCAUGGUAGUGCUGUUUCAGCCAUUUACUGGAAGCUGGACACAAAUUCUUGGCGUUUUUGCCUCCAAGGGCAAUGUGAAAUCCGCGACACUGGCGAAAAUCAUUGUGGAAACAGCCAUCCUUGCGGAAAAGGCUGGUCUCUUUGUGGACUGCAUAACAUGCGACGGCGCCAGCUGGAAUAGGAGCAUGUGGCGGCUGUUUGGAAUACACGGUUCUGCAAGCCACGUUCGGAGCAGCACCAAGCACCCAGUCGAUCCGGAGAGGCAGCUGUUCUUUGUGUCCGAUUUUCCACACUUAAUGAAGAACGUGAGAAAUGGAUUUGUUGCAAAAGGGUACCUGACACCAACUGGACAUGUCCACAAUGGUAUUGUUCAAGCAGCUUUCGAAGCAGAUCGGGAAAGUGUUACACUGAAAGUGAUGCCGAGCAUUACAAAUGCACACAUUAAGCCGAACUGUUUCGAAAAAAUGAAGGUGGACAUCGCGUUUCAGCUCUUCAGCGAUCAGGUCAUCAAAGGGCUAUUUGUGUACAGGGAGCGCAUUGAGUCUUCGUAUGGGACUGUGCAGCCGACUGUAGAUUUUGUGAAAGAAAUGAAUCGCCUGAUUCGUGUCAUGACAUCACGGACAAGCGGAAAGGCGCUCAAGCCUGGAAGUCCAAACAUGCGCUUCUUGAAAGGGUUUCUUUAAUAUUUGCGAGAGUGGGAGCAGCAUGCAAAACCGGCUGGUGGUGGUUUUCUUACAGAAAGCACAGCUUCUGGACUAAGGGUUACCAUCACAAGUAUCCUUAAUCUGUUGUCCUACCUGUCAUCUACCGUGGGCUUCAAAUAUCUUUUAACGUCCCGCUUAAGCCAAGAUAAGCUAGAAAACCUUUUUGGAAUAAUUAGACAAUCAUCAGGGUGCAACGACCAUCCAACAGUUUCGCAGUUUCUCGUGACUGUCAACUUACUGGCAUUUUAUAAUCUAGCCAAACCACCCAGAGGAGGAAACUGCCCACCAGACGUGGUCAGAGCACUGCUGAAUCCAAAUGAGUUGUGUGCAACAACAGGCAGGAGCCUACUGGACAGGAUAGACGGCCUUCUUGACCGCGGAAGUAUCAAUGAAGCUGAGGAUGUCAUUCAAUCUCUUGCGUCCAUUGGUGAACACGAAGCUUACACAGAAAAAAGGAGCAAUGGCGCUUUGAUAUACUAUACUGCAGGUUAUGUUGCACGAAAAAUCAUUGCCAAAAAUUCUUGUCCCCAGUGUGCAGGCUGCCUUUGCGUGAGUAAAGCAGAAGCUAGUGCCGACGCUGCUUCAUAUUUCACAACCCAUUUUGACAAUGGAGGCCUUGUAUAUCCUAGUCAGACCUUGUCAACAGCUCUGAAGGCCAUGGAAGAUGCAUUUACUGCGUUCUUUAGUAAAAACAAGCUGCAUGCAGCGAGUCUAGCUGAUUUUUCAAGUCAGUUGCAGACACUGGCCUUUCCACAACUAGGGUGCCCAGAGCACGAAAAAGCAACUUUGACCGCAGUUGUAAAGUUCUAUGUUCUUUUGAGGUUUCGUUUUUUCGCAAAAAGCAUCAACAAAGAGAGGGAAGCGCAAAGAAAACGGCAGAAGCUCCUUAAACUGCGUCACUGCAACUAGAUAUAUCUUCAUGUAUGUGUGCUUUAUCUCAUCUAGUGCAGUAUUGUGCCUCCGUUUGACUGUUCCACUUGAAUAAAAUCUUUGUUACGCUUAAAUAAAAGCUCUGUUUCCUAUUUUUGUUCAAAUACAUCAGACAUAGAUAGAAAACUGCACGUGCUUACCAGCUUUAAAAAAAUUAUAUAGUGCACGGAACACCAGCAGUCCAUUUUACAGGCUAAUCAACUUACUUAUUAUCAUAUACCCUCGGGAACGAAUGGGCAUUAUGAGCCAGGGGAUGGAUACAUUGUUUACAAACAAUCAAAAACAUUCAAACCUAUCAGGACAACAAUAAGAAACAGGCAGA